AUGUCCGAUAACGUCAUCAAAAGAAAAAUCGUGAUAGUUGGUGAUGGUGCGUGUGGGAAGACAUCACUUCUUUACGUGUUUACUUUAGGAGAGUUCCCCACAGAAUACCAUCCAACAGUUUUUGAAAACUAUGCAACUGACUGCAGGGUUGAUGGAAAACCAGUUCGACUUACCUUAUGGGAUACGGCAGGACAAGAAGAAUAUGAACGACUUAGACCUUUAUCGUAUGCUAAAGCCAACAUUAUUCUUAUCGGAUUUGCGUUAAACUCCCCAGAUUCACUGGAAAAUGCUGGUUUGAAAUGGGCACAAGAGGUGGGCCAAUAUUGCCCUAAUGUGCCCAUUAUAUUAGUGGGCCUAAAGAAAGAUUUAAGGCCCGUUGAUGAUGGCUCAGAUCCAUAUUACGAAGACAAAUACGUGACCCCAGAAAAGGGUGAACAAGUUGCUCAAUUUAUUGGUGCGAAGAAAUAUGUUGAAUGCUCUUCAUUGACAGGAGAGGCAGUUGACGAUGUAUUUGAGAUGGCGACACGGGCCAGCUUACUUCUGAAGAAUGAACAUGAGAGUUCAUGCUGUGUUAUAUCAUAA